AUGCAGCGAGCUUUUAUAGCUAUCCUCACCCUUUCUCUUGGGACAGCAGGGGCUGCUCCCAGGUACAUCUGCACGUACUACGAUGUCAUCGAGCACCUGAACAUCACCUCCCACAGCAAGCUGCACGCGCACAUACUGCCAAAGACGAACUGGAAGGAGCCUCUGGAAGUGAACAUGGAUUUUAUGCUGAUAGCUAUUCUCUCUGUGGCUGAAAAGCUGCAGACAGUCACUUUUUAUUUCGUGUUGAGUUUGGAGUGGAGGAACGCCUUUGUGACUUGGGACCCGCAGGAUUUCUGCAACAUCUCCAAAAUUGUUCUGCCAAUGGAUUCCUAUUGGUCGCCCCCCAUCUUCAUUUUAGAACGGGUGAACGAACAGAAGUCGGACUUGGAGUACGUGGUUGUCACGCACAAUGGCACCUUCAACACAAGCCACCCCUUCCAGGUUACCUUAACAUGCAGCCUGAUGAUCCUCAAGUUCCCCUUCGACACCCAGACGUGCAACAUAAGUAUAGCUUCAUUUCUCUACCCAGUAACAGACCUUGUCAUGAAAAUCAAACGGACACCAGCUGAGAUGAUGAAAAACAGCCAGAGUUACUUCAUAACUGAUGGAGAAUGGAAGUUCACCAACCUGAGCAUCAGUGAAUACAGGGAAGGGUUGGAUGAUGAAGAAUAUCCAGUGAUCGUCUACAAGAUUUCCAUGGAGAGACGACCUACUCUGUAUAUUCUGAACCUGAUCCUGCCAACGUGCGCACUGUACCUGCUCGAUAUGGCUGUGUUGUUUGGACCCAGCUCUCUCGAGGAGAAAAUCAGCUUCCAGAUUUCCAUCAUCCUGGGCAGCUCCAUGUUAGCCGUGAUUCUCAACAACAUGCUUCCUACUUCCUCCAACGAACCACCCAUAAUAGUGAUAUUCUUCUUAGGCACCUUCCUGUUAAUGAUCAUGGCUGUGUUAGACACCUUCUUCCUGCUGCAUCAGCAGCACAAAUCCCUACGCUUAGACAAGGCUCUCGGAAGCAUCCAGCAAGGUAGUCACACCAAGCUGGCAACGACAGACGCCAACAACCAGGCCAUGAAACACCUUGCCAAGAAGACCCAGGAAAAGGGGCAGCAAGCCAAGCCCCGCUGGAAACCACAGGAGCAGGACCCAGUUCUACCAGUUCUGGAGAAGGUGCUUCUCUACAGUCACUUAUUCUUGUCAUUCUUUUUUUUUGCUGUUAUCUCUAUAAAAUGGAGCAGCUAGGGACCAGCUCAUUCAGUCUCAAUGUUACGCUCAUUCAGUCUCAAUUUUAUUGUUUCUCAUCUCUCUGCUGUCUCGUUUUUUUCUCCUGCUUGGUUCAUAGAACUGCAAAUGUUUCACUUGCCUAAAUUAAAAAACAAACCAGGGCAUAAGAUCUGCAUGGUACCCGCUUUGUAUCCUAGUUCAGUAAAACUACGUAUGUUCUUGCAGUGCUCUGUGGGCUAGCAAAGUACUUGUACAAAACAGUAGUGGAAUCAGGGGAUUGUACCUUCCUUCCAUCUGACAGUAAUUCUUACCACAACCACGUGCCCCUCACAAUAGGAAAAGGGAAUUAACGUCCUUUUUUGUCAUGGAGAUGUUUCCAUUCUGAGGAACGGUGGUUAAGAGUUCCACCUUAGGUAAUUAAAUAAAUCAAUGCAAGUACGAAGUCUUUGUUGUAUUGUUUUUGUGAUUACUGAGGUCUGCAUCAUUCAGAAAUCCGAGACAGAGAACAGUAGGAUAACCAGGACUAACGGGGUGAUACUUGGGAAGUUUUUCAAUAUCAAACUUCUGAACCUAUUCUCAUUUACAAACCUUCAACUCCUACUGCAAUUGACUGCACCUAAACCACCACAACUAGAAAACAGCCCCAGACCACUGCCCAUAAAACUGAGGGAUACCUCCCACUGCAUCAUAGAUCACUGCUAAAUACAACUCCUUUCGUGGUGCUGGAGUGUAAGUCCAUCUCCUGAGCAAGAACUCCUCCGCAAAGGCUACAAACAAGCAGAAGCUCGAUACUGAACUACAUUCCCAGCACUACGUGGUUACAACGGGGAAUGGAUGGCUUGCUUGUCUUACAGAUGCUGCACUAGGAAUCGGUUUUAUCGUCAGG